AUGGCAAAUUGGAAUAAUCCAAUACCAAAAUCAGGUGCUAAAUUGUGGAACAUUGGUGGUUAUUGGACAGGAGGCAAAGAAGCGAACAAGAAUGACAUACGAAAAGCUUGGGAUUUGACUGUACAAAAUUUUCAUCACGAACUUCAAAUAUCGGAAUCGUCGAAAAAUUUUGGUUCUGUAUUGGAAUCACGAUUAAGUGAUAUUACGUUUGCCUUCAAUAAUUUACAACCACGCACAAUUAUUCAUGGAGAUUAUAGACUAGCAAAUAUUUUUAUCGAUCGUAAUGCAAAUGAGAGUCAAAUCUAUGCUAUUGAUUGGCAAUGGUGUGGCAUUGGACAUGCUGCUAUGGAUGUAGCUUCUUUUAUAGCUACAUCAGUUCAUGAAAAUACAAUUGAAGAUUCAUUGGAACUCGUCCAUUUCUAUCAUAAAGUAUUAACAGAUAAUGGAGUUCCAUAUUUGUGGGAACAAUUUUGGCAAGCAUACCAAAUAUGUUGGAUUGAUUAUUUUAUUUUUACAGUAGUCGGCAAUUGGAGUGCAAUGCAAGCAAAUGACAUUAAAUUGUAUAAAAAAGAAGAAAAAUAUGGAUUACAUGUACGCUCUCAUGCUCAUAUGAAAAAUCUUUUAACGCAAACUGAAAUAUUCAUGAAAGAUUUGGAAACAUCAUCAGUGUUUCAAUUGACAGAACGUCACUAA